ACACUGUUUCAGAAUUAAGAAUGACUAACUGAUGAAUGAAUGCGUAAAACUACCAGUUUCUUGAGUCCCCUCUACCAAUCUACAGGAUGGAAAAUGUGACCCAAAGACGGAAAGCUGAAAGAAUACAAAUUAUCAUAGAAAAAAAGAAUCGACAAUCAAGAAAAAUGGUGAAAGUAGUGGUUGAGUACUGUGGCGGGUGAGGGUAUGGUCCCCGUUAUCGGGAACUAGCAAAUCUCAUCCGAGAGGCUGUUCCUGAAGCGGAUAUUAAAGGAGUAGUUGGGCGUAGAACAUCAUUCGAGGUUACAAUAGAUGACGCUCUAGUACACUCUAAACUGGCCACCAUGAAGUUCCCGGACUUCGAAGAGGUGGUCGAAAUUGUGAAAGAUGUUCGCGAGGGCAAAUCUGCGAAUAAAGUUACAAAACAUCAAGAUGGCGGCUGCUCUAUUCUAUAGACCUCCAUCUUGGAAAUAGAGGAGUUUGAAGGUUUAUUCUGAAAUUCUAUGAUGACUCUCCAAUCAAUAGGUUUCCUAUCUGAAGAGUCUGAUGAUUAAUUGAACAAUAUUCCGGUACCUUCUCUGAGCCAAACCAAACCGUCAGCUGGGAAAAUCCAUCAAUUAAUCAGCUGAUUUCAUCAAAUGCUUUAACAAGUCACCCAAUUCAAGCCAUCAAACUAUCAGUAGAAUUGUUAGGUCCGUCAACCAAUCAGAUUAACGGUUAAAACCCAUCAACAGUGUGCUGCGCGCUAU